AUUAUUAAAUAAAUAAAAAUACAAUGAGUGGACGUGGCAAAGGUGGUAAAAAGAGUGGGAAGUCUAAAACAAGAUCUUCAAGAGCAGGAUUACAAUUUCCUGUAGGAAGAAUUCAUCGUUUUUUACGCAAAGGCCAUUAUGCUGAACGUAUUGGUAGCGGUGCUCCCGUUUACCUUGCUGCUGUACUUGAAUAUCUAUCUGCUGAAAUUCUAGAGCUUGCUGGUAAUGCUGCCCGAGAUAAUAAAAAAUCUAGAAUUGUACCAAGACAUUUGCAACUUGCUGUUCGAAAUGAUGAAGAGCUCAACAAACUUUUAAGCGGUGUUACUAUAGCAUCAGGAGGUGUUUUGCCCAAUAUUCAGGCAGUACUUUUACCCAAGAAAACCAAAGAACCCCAAAGUAAAAGCUCUCAAUCCCAGGAGUAUUAAAUUAUGUGUUAAAGUUUUUUAAAUAAGGCAACAAACAUUCCUUUAUGAGGUUUUUUUAAUAGGUUUUCUGUUAUGUAAAGUUUUACGGUUUUUCUCUGAGAUUAUUGUUUUUUAACGCUGAUUUUUUUCAUAAAUAUAAAACUCAUGCAGAAAGAAAUUUACCUUUUAAAGAGUUGCAUGCUAUUUUGAAUGCUGUUGUAUUUUUUAACUUAAAAAGAUAAAUGUUUUUAAAA